AUGGAAGAAAGACUCAGAGAGCGCAAUAAAAACCCUCCACCCGUCAGUCUAGGAGGACAGAGAAGGAAACUUUAGCAACCGCAGGAUAUGGCUCUGGGAGUUCCAAUAUUAGUCUACCUUCUGUUCAAAGCAGUGACUGCCGUGCUGACUGAAGACGCAGCAAUGACUACGCGGCCUCCAAGCACAUCCCAGCAGAGUAACUGGACAGCUAACACUACCGAAGCUGACUACAUUGAAGGACCUAUAGCCCUGAAGUUCUCCCACCCUUGUCUGGAAGACCAUAAUAGUUACUGCAUUAACGGUGUGUGUGCAUUCCACCAUGAGCUGAGGAAAGCCAUCUGCAGAUGCUUUACUGGUUAUACUGGAGAAAGGUGUGAGCACUUGACCUUGACUUCUUAUGCUGUGGAUUCUUAUGAAAAGUACAUUGCAAUUGGGAUUGGCGUUGGAUUGCUAAUAAGCGCUUUUCUUGCUAUCUUUUACUGCUAUGUAAGAAAGAGGUGUCUAAAUCUGAAAUCACCUUACAACAUCUGCUCUGGAGGGAGACCACUGUGA